AUGUCUCGCCCAAACGUUAACGCGUCUAUCCCUUCAUACGAAGAGGCCGUCGUCGCGCCCCCGCCCACAACGGCACCACGACGCCCAUCUGAGCCCGAAGCUGCCGAAGAGCUCCCUGCCGAUGCGGUGCCACCACCCAUGGUCAUACCAGCGACGCCUCCGCCAGAACUGCCGCCAGCCUAUGCUGUCGUGGACGAGAAAGCCACCACCUUCACCAUUUACGGCACCUUCAUCCAUACCCCGAACGCGCCUGCCUACCAGAUAUCCUCCCUCCUGGACGCACGCAUCAACAAGCUUCGCAUACGAAGGUUGCGCGCCGAGGAAGUCACGUUUCUCCAAUCCGGCGCGCCGACGGUCGCCUUUGAUAACAGCAGCGUCCUUUACGAGGCACACGACCCGCCCUUCGUCAUCAACGAGUACUACAUUCAAGGAAAAGCGGGCAGUACGCUACCCGGCGCUUUACAGCUUCGAUUCGGGUUGCGCCGAUGGCACGUCGUACAUAUGCCUACGCAGGGCAGUCGACCGACUGAGAUUAUGACUUGUGGGAAACUAGGAGGAUUUACAAAAUCGCUUAAGCAGAGGAAGAACGAGCUGGAACCUAGCCAAUGGAAAGACAGUGAGGGCCAUGUCAUCGCCACAGAAGUGCUAAAGAUGGGUCCAGGAGGCAAAAUGCCAACAAUUGAGCUGAGGGACGAUCUGGAUCAGACAUGUAGGGAGCUGGUUUUGGCGCUUUGGGUCAGUCGGCUCUGGGCCGCUUUUGGAGCAGGGAGCGGAUACGUCCGUUGA